AUGCGUUCUACUUGUGGAAGCGAUAACUCCGUCAGCAUAAGUAUAUCAGAACCACAUUAUUACUACUGUUGUCAGAACUCAGAACCGCUGUCUCUGGUUGGUGUUCAAGCCUCAAAAUCGAGGAUAACAUUCGCACUGAAUGUAUUUUCUAUUGUUGUUAUUCAAUUGGGAAUCACGAGUGGACUAACAUAUCUGAUCACACAAGAAUUCCUAGUCUCCUUUUGGGUUGAACAUAAUACUGUAUUUCUUUGGAUGUCCAGUUUAAUUUACUUCAUUCUCGAAAUUGUAUGGGCCUUCAUCAAAGCAGUUCCGAGGAUGUUUCCGUGGAACUUUCUAUACUUGUUUCUAAUGACAUUCGUAUCAUCAUUCAUAAUUGGAUGUGAAUGCUUAUCAUACAAAGACGAGGUUCCAUUCAUCGCAUUCGCGUUUCUAUGGACAAUAUUGCAAGUUAUUGUCUGCUUUGUACUCUUCGUGGUGAACGAUUUCACGGAGAAUUUACUAAGCAGGAUAGUGAAUAUCAUAUUUGGCAUUUCAAUAUUAUGUGGCCAAAUCGCCUACUUCGCGAGACAGCAAACUACGAUUGCCUUACUUAUCGCUGGAUGUAUUGGAUUCCCAUGCACAUGUUUUCAACUCGUGAAACAAAUGAAGCUGGUGUUUGGCAUGAGUACUCAUUAUUAUUCAGAGGACAAUAUUGUUAUUCCAGCCAGGAAUAUUUAUGGUUACUGUUGGGGUUUUAUCUUGACGGUUUUGUGGGUGUUUGCGCCGUUUGCACUGAGAUCUAGACCGCCCCCAGCAACACCAUCAGGAGGUUAUUGA